AAAGGCGUCGGCCAUUUUGUUUUCCAUCAGCGUCGCUUUGAAGACGCGCUUCUUCGUACCCCGCCGCCUCGCCUUGUCACGAAUAAGUUUUCUUUUUUUUUUCACGCAAAAUAGCAAGUAGCACUGUAUCUACGAAUCGAGUCUGUUUUCACUGAACGCCGCACUGCACUUUUUCAGAAGAUAUCAACCAGAUAGAGAGGUGUAUUUAAGGCAGGAUGUCCAACACAGCCAGGGCCACGGUUCCGUUUCGGUUCACGGAUGAACGUACCCUGGUAUUCGUAAUACUCUAUGGCCGGGAACCGUGUCUUUGGAACAAGAAACAGUAUUUGCAGCGAGCUCGAAACGCCGCCUAUCGUCGCAUACAGACGGGGAUCAAUUCCGUUACUGAGCCCCACGAAGCUCACCUUACAGUUCAGGGCGUUAAGAUGAAGAUUAAGAACUUGCGAAGUGCUUAUCACCAGGAGCUUAAGAAGAUCAGAUUGAAUCCCGAAUACCAGCCGAAAACCCCAUGGUUCGGGCCACUUCACGAGUUCCUCGGCGAAUUCAUUGAUACGAACGAAUUGUCAUCGCCCGAUACACCUCCGCUGAAGCGUUUGCAGAUCCGCCUAACCAGGGUAAAGCCCAUUAAGAUCCAUCCUGAGGUCAAGCUCGAAUCCGAGGAGGUCGUGUGCCCGGAGACACGAUCGGAACCCUCGACCACAUUCACUGUUCUCCCAAUGCCGAUGGCCAUGAGUGUGGAUAACCCACCCACUCCUCCUGAUUCUUUGUCAAAGAUUUUGGAAACUAACUGGGUUCCACCUCCGGUUUCUGUCCAGAUAACGGAACCUAUUCCAGCUGGAUGUUCCGCCUCGGAAAAGGGCGAGGUUUUGGGAAGCACACAGGGAUCUGUGACUGGAACGGGACUGGGACUCGGAGUGGGAAUGCGCGGCGAGGACGAGUUCACCUUCUUCGGAUUAAGUGUAGCUGCCCAGCUCCGUAAUAUGCCACUGGCCAAUGCCAUGGUCAUGCAGUCGAAGAUCCAGUACAUGCUGGCCGUGGAAAGACGUAAGAUCUCGGGUCAUUCCACAGACGUGAACAUUUUUAAAUAGAAAUCUAUAAUUAAAUGAGAUCCGACGGUGUCAUAGAGCAGAGAUGCCCAAAACCCUAUCACAGGGGUCCAGAAAUUUGUCUUUAAGAUUAGUUAGAUAAUGUGAUCUAACACAGGAUCUCUGUGUUUUAUUAUGAUAUAUAAUUUCCUUAAUUAUAAGGUUUAAAAAGAACAGAAGUUGAUUUUCUGAACAUAUCCGUUGUAAAAACCCCUUAUCCUCGUAACAAUAUGUAUAUCUGUUAAAUUAUAAAUAUCUAAAUAACCUUUUCUUUAAGAAUUACUGUAUAAAAAUACAAUA